CUUGCAUUUCAGCUCUACGCUACCACAUGUCUCAUUGACUUUGCACCAGCAUCAUCAUUCAUAUCCUCGGCGAUAGCCUCACAUGCGGAAUCAUGUCUUCCGAAGCUCCUCAUGCGAAAGGGUUAGGAUGGGCGGAGGGAAACGAUUGGGAAGAUCAGCGCGCCACCAUCACACGGCUUUACAGCUCGGAAAAGCGCACCCUGAAGGAGGUGAUAAAGAUUAUGGAAGAUGACUGCGAUUUCUUCGCGACAUGUACAAACACCGCUUCAAGCUUUGGGGUCUUGCGAAGUACAAAAGACCUACCAAGGAAAUCUCAACACUGCAGACAAAGAAGGUUGCAUACCGUACACGACACUCUGGCUCGGCAGUAUCGAUAAAAUCUGAGGACACGAAACCUGAUGGGAGUAAGCCCACAGAACGGGCAUAUCGAGCGCAGCUUGUAAAGAGCAAUGCCCUGCCCUUGCAUGCCAGUGGCUCAGCUGCAAUUGAUCCUCGGUUCGGAAUCACCUCGCCGUAUUUUCAUGAGGAGAGCAUGUAUCAUGCUAUUAAAGACUAUUACAAUGCAUCGUUCAGCUCUCUAUUCACCUGGACGGAGAUCUCGCCGUCAACAGGCGUGGUGCAGGUGAAACCAAGGUUGUUACAAAUUCGUGAACAGCUGCAGGACCUCCACAGCCGUUUCCGCAUUGCGUUGAACAAGCUGUCUGGGCCCCAGCCUCUCAACCCGGCUGACCUUGCAGAGGGCAUAAAGAUACUGCGGGUGUGCUUCGCUCGAUUUCCUGAUAUACUAGCAGCCGAGGAUCCAAUCUUGAUUAGUCAUGUCCUUGACCUUAUUCGGCGGGUGCAGGAAUCUGGUCAUACCUUUAUAGAAACACAGCUCCGGCGACACAUAUUCUGGCUGGCAAAAACCCGAGGGCAGCCACGGAGCACUUCUCUUCUUUCUCAUGCCCUCAUGAUCGAGCUGCCUCUAGACAGGUAUCACAGGAGCCUAUUGACCGAGAUCGCGGUGCACGCUUUCCAGCAGUACCUAGGGCCGUACCAUUUUGAGACGCUGCAGCUCAAAAUGUGGCUUCUUUUCAAUCGAGAAGAAAGCAGCUUCUUACGAGGCUACGGCCUUCGACAGCUUUAUUCCCAGCUGGAAUCCGACGUUGGGAAGGACGUAUUCGACGAUCGCCACAUGGAUAUACUCAUGAAUCUUAGUAGUCAUUAUUUCAGAGCUGGUGAGCCGGAAAGCGCAUUAAGCGUAGUGAAUUACGUCUUCCUGAACCCGGCACGCCUAGAAGCACUAAAGAAAGUCCCAGAAAUACUAUACAACUUUUACUGGCUGGCUGGAAAGGCGCUCGGCAAGCAGAGUAAGCACAUCGACGCUGAAGGGUAUUUUCGAAAGGCAUUGAGCGUCGCGCAGCAGAAGCUAGACAAAAACGCGACGGACGAUUCAUCCUAUUUGUCAGUCAUGACGGCUUUGGAACUCAAUCUACGAGACCAGGACCGACUUAAUGAUGCCGACGAGGUUCUGGCCAUGCGACAAGCUUAUAUUCGGAAGAGCCUGGCAAGCGUGGGCGAGCAAGAGUCGACAGGCUGAUUGCAUGCUAGGAAACGAGACCAGAAAAUGCAUUGAAGGCCGCCCAGGAGUGAAACGAUCACACAUAGCAUCGAGGUCGCUUU